AUGCUCUGCGCCACAUGCCAACAGUUAUUCAAAAACCCAGAGUGGAAGGGUGUCCACCACGCGGACAUCGAAUCACUCAACAAUGCUGCCCGAAGUGGGUGUCCACUCUGCCGUCCUCUGCAGCACAUUGUAAAACAAUGUCUAAGCACGAGGGAUUUAUUUCGGUAUCCUUGGAGUUAUCGUAUUUACACAGAAGAAAACGAAGCACAAAUAUGUCUUGACAUUGAUUGGCCGCCAGGAGAUUUUGUUGAACUCCAAGAAAAUGAACCGGGGCCAAUCUGCUAUCCUAUGCUAGCGAUACCGAGUUCAAGUAUCAUGUUGAACUCGGCGAUCCGCAACAGGAGUUCGUCUCUUCCACUCCACGAAGCGAUCGCAUCCGGUAGACGCUGGUUGGAUGAGUGCUUAGACGGUCAUGAGCUGUGUCCGAAAAAUACUCAGCCUAGUUCUUACCCCGACCUUUUGCUUGAGCUAGACGGAUCGACGGUGCGGGUGAUCUCACCUGUAGAGAGAAAGAUUUCUGGUCCUUACGUGGCACUGAGCUAUUGCUGUCGGGAUCCAAAUUCGGACUUUCUCCGACUAUCUGCCUCCAAUAAAGAAGCAUUUGAAAAGGGCAUCUCCUGUUCCGAGCUUCCCACUGCUUUCCGCGAAGCAGUAGACCUUGUCCAAGGGAUGUCCAUCCAAUAUCUCUGGAUUGACGCUUUGUGCAAGAUCCCGCAAUUUCAAAGCCACGAAGAACAUAGUUCCGGAUGGGCUGAGCUGGAAGUGAUAUACGCAAACUCCAUAUUCAACCUUGCUCUUGCAACGGUAGAAAACCCAACUGAAAGUUGCCUCGGUGGCUGGCCAUCCCACGUUGGGCUACCAUUUCAGGUGGAAACAUGUGGAUUGAUUGGAGACGACGUUCGCACCGUUGUGCCUUACAGAUACUAUCCGAACUCACUUUAUCACCAACCUCUUGGAAACCGCGCUGAAAGUAUGCAGGAGCGCUUUUGGUCCCCACGCGUUCUCAGUAUCGGCCUUGGAGAGCUCUUUUGGGACUGCACCCAGUUGCAAAAUGCCAGCGAGUCUCUUCCACAGGGACCAGCCGCUAUGGCGAGAUGGACUAAGCUUAGACAAACAGUUAUACCGCGAACUAGUGACAGAAUGAAACUUGAAGAAUUCUGGUGGCUUAUGGUGGAAGAGUAUAGCGAUUGUGAAUUGGCUCAUCCAGAAACCCAUAAAUUAGCAGGGCUGUCAUACAUUGCCAAUCAGCUGGCAAUUGCACUGGAUGAUGUUUAUAUUGCAGGUCAUUUCUGGAGGACGUUGUCUUAUAGUCUGAACUGGCGGGUGGAUCCCCAACUCGCUCCUGUUAGAGAGCGCAGCAGAAAACCACAGAGAAUUGCAAACAUGGUGAAUAAUAAGGUCGACGAACGGAAGCUGGAGGCACCCUCUUGGAGUUGGGCGUCAAUGGAUGGUACGGUGUACAUCUCACGCCCAUGGAAUUUUGCUUCCUUGGCAGAUGUUGAAGCAUACACACUGGCGCCGGUUAUGUCGGACAAGAAUGUCAAGGGAGCUCGACCUGCAAGUCUUAUAAUUAGGACUUACUGUCGUGAAGUGCACUGGAUCGACGGGAAGCCCAUGAUUCCACAAAACCUUUGGACUCCUGUUGAGAACUUCCAUUGGUUUCGGGCCAAGUUGGAUGAUGAGCAUGAUACUCCGGCCAACGGCACCAGGCUUUUGCUUGCUGCGCUAACAGAGGACGACAGGAUGUGUACAUGGGAGGGCUUGGUUUUGCAGCAGCUGAAAGCUGAGGAGGACAUUUAUCAAAGAAUAGGACAUUUCCAGUUCCACAGAAUUCCAGCGGAGGAACCCAGGGAGACAUGGCAAGAUGACUAUAGGAGUAUGUUGGAUCAAAGAAGAGCUCUCACGCUGGUGUAG